AUGACUGGGAAAAGAAAACGAGGAGGAGGAUUGGGGUUGUUACAUCAUGCAAAAACAAUUACUGGAAAUAAUGGUGGUGGCUUACGUACUGGGAAAAGUCUCAAGCCUCAACAGACUCGACAAAUUAUACGACGAUUUCAUCAAUUGCAAAAGAAUAAGCAUGCGAUAUUAACGCGAUUACGACAGUUUUAUGAUAUUAGCGGGUGUAAAUACGAGGUUAUCAAACAGGAUAAACUAUACAGGGAGUCAUUUAACAGUUUCAAGAUACCGGCAAAGUAUUGUGAUAAUGAGAUAUACAAAAUUGAUAGUACCUUGAGCAGAUCAGAUUUGGUUGAAAUUCUUGCAAAAAUUGAUUCCGAGAUAGAACAACGUGGAGGCAUAGAAAAGUAUCAAACAGCGUCCGCCCAGGGCCAAACCAGUAAGCGAGGUGGAGACUCUUCAAAAAAAUUAAUUGAAUGGUUGCGCACUGAGAAAUACGCCUUUAAGAUAGGCAAUGAUGUUACUGCAUUAGAAAUUGGGUGUUUGAGUCCUCGAAACGCUAUAUCAACAAGUGGGAUUUUCACAAGCGUCAUCAAGAUUGAUUUGAAUUCACAGGAUCCUUUAAUCUUACAACAAGACUUUAUGAAGCGGCCCCUACCAAAAAACAAAACUGAGAAAUUCAAUUUGAUUUCGUGUUCCUUAGUUCUUAAUUUUGUUCCUUCGCAUGAAGAAAGAGGCAAGAUGUUGAAGAGGAUAACAAAGUUUUUAAAGGAGCCCAAGGAUGAUAAUCUGAUUAUGAGUAGUUUGUUUUUGGUAUUACCACUCCCUUGUGUUUCAAAUUCAAGAUAUUUCGAUAAUACCCAACUCUUGAAAAUCAUGGAAUCAAUUGGAUUUGAACAAACAUUUUACCAUGAAGCAAAAAAAGUUGCAUAUUGGCUAUUCGAUUGGAAUGGGAAACUCAAAAGAGCAAGAUUCUCCAAAAGAGAGUUACAUUCAAGAUCAAAUGGUAACAAUUUUUGUAUUACUAUAUAA